AUCAGACUGAAUUGGGGAGGAGAAUUACUUGUACAGCACACGCCUUGUCAGUAAGUACGACUCUCAGCUCUCCGAUGAAAGGAGACAGUCGGAAGGCAGUGGGCAGAUCACUGGCCACUGACCAAACCAGCAUCCCUUGAGUUGACUCUGGAUAGGGAGGCACUGCAAUGGCACCGGUAGGCUAGUGGUGUCCUGGGAUAUGUGACCCUGUUGCUGUGAUUCUGCCAUCCCACUGUCGUCUUUGCUAAUCACUCAGAGAGCAGGCAAAGGGAGAUGCAGUUUGGAAAUGACUGCUGCUAAGCAGGAAACCCAGUGUCAGACGGCUGCACGAAUUGUCACUGACCUAUGUCGCCAGAAGAGUCUGCCCCAGCUGGACCUGGAAACCUGCAAAGAAUUUCUCCUCUUUCCCGAUCUGAAUGGCCCAGAGCCAGAACUCUCCAUCAGUCUUCUUGCAGUGAUAGUAAUUGUAUGUGGACUGGCUCUGGUGGCAGUUUUUCUAUUCCUUUUUUGGAAGCUGUUUUGGGUUCCUUGGAGGAACAAAUCUAUUUCAACUAAUACCCCCACCGCUCAGACUUUGGCAGAGAACGACAAAGACAAUAUGGCUGACAAACUAAAGGAUACUGGGACUCUUGGAUUCUUGGAAGCAGCAGUAAAAAUCAGUCGCACUUCACCAGAUAUCCCAGCAGAAGUUCAGAUGUCCAUGAAAGAUCAUCUAAUGCGACGCACACGAAUGCAGAGACAAACAACAGAACCUGCAUCUUCCACCAGGCACAUUUCUUUCAAGAGGCACCUGCCCAGACAGAUGCACGUUUCCAGUGUGGACUAUGGCACAGAUCUACCACUUGCAGCAGAGCAGCCCACUUGCAUUGGCCGGAUCAAGCCUGAGUUGUACAAACAGAAAUCAGUGGACUCUGAGGACCCCAAGAAAGAGGCUGAAAAAACCUGUGGGAAAAUAAAUUUUGCUUUGAAAUACGACUAUGAAAAUGAGACUCUGAUUGUGCGGAUCCUCAAGGCUUUUGACUUGCCUGCUAAGGAUCUCUGUGGCAGUUCUGACCCCUAUGUUAAGAUCUACCUCUUGCCUGACAGAAAGCGCAAGUUCCAAACACGAGUGCACAGGAAGACUCUCAAUCCCACCUUUGAUGAAUGCUUUCAAUUUCCUGUACCCUAUGAAGAGCUGGCCAAUAGAAAGCUCCAUCUUAGUGUCUUUGACUUCGACAGGUUUUCCCGGCAUGACAUGAUUGGGGAGGUGAUCCUAGAGAACCUCUUUGAAGCCUCAGAUCUCUCUCGGGAGACCUCCAUCUGGAAGGAUAUUCAGUAUGCUACAACUGAAAGUGUGGACCUGGGAGAGAUCAUGUUUUCGCUUUGUUACCUGCCAACUGCAGGUCGCCUCACUCUAACAGUCAUUAAAUGCAGGAAUCUCAAAGCAAUGGACAUAACUGGAUACUCAG